GAAGACAUCGUUACAAGAAUGCAAGAUGACAAAACCGGUGGAGUUCCCAUCCGCACUGUCAAGAGCUUUCUGUCCAAAAUCCCCAGCGUGGUCACCGGUUCUGAUAUUGUGCAGUGGCUUAUGAAGAACCUCAGCAUUGAGGAUGCAGGGGAAGCAAUACACUUGGGAAGUCUUAUUGCUGCACAGGGUUAUGUCUUUCCCAUCUCGGACCAUGUCCUUACCCUGAAAGAUGACGGGACGUUCUAUCGUUUUCAGGCUCCAUACUUUUGGCCUUCAAACUGCUGGGAACCAGAAAACACAGAUUAUGCCAUCUAUCUUUGCAAACGGACCAUGCAGAACAAAGCUAGGCUGGAGCUGGCGGAUUAUGAAGCCGAAAACUUAGCAAGGCUUCAGAGAGCGUUUGCAAGAAAGUGGGAAUUCAUCUUCAUGCAAGCAGAGGCCCAAGUGAAAAUCGACAGGAAAAAGGAUAAAACAGAAAGAAAGAUUUUGGACAGCCAGGAAAGAGCAUUCUGGGAUGUGCACAGGCCUGUGCCAGGCUGUGUGAACACCACAGAAAUGGACAUUAGAAAGUGUCGCCGUAUGAAAAACCCACAAAAAGUGAAAAAGUCGGUGUAUGGGGUUACAGAGGAGUCCCAGCCCCAAAGCCCUGUACACCUGCCCUCCCAACCGGUGCGCAAAACGACAAAAGAGGAUUUCCGGAAGCAAAUAACUUUUCUGAACAUGCAGAUAGAGAGACAUUGUUUAAAGAUGUCCAAAGUAGCAGAAAGUUUAAUAGCCUACACAGAGCAGUAUGUGGAAUAUGACCCCUUUAUAACUCCUGCUGAGCCUUCCAAUCCCUGGAUAAGUGAUGAUGCAGCAUUGUGGGACAUUGAAAUGAGCAAAGAGCCUAGUCAGCAGCGUGUGAAAAGAUGGGGUUUCUCCAUGGAUGAGGUGCUGAAGGACCCAGUAGGACGAGACCAGUUCCUUCGUUUCCUGGAAUCAGAAUUCAGCUCAGAAAACCUCAGGUUUUGGUUGGCUGUCCAAGAUCUCAAGAAACAACCUUUACAGGAUGUGACCACUAGAGUGGAAGAAAUCUGGCAGGAGUUUCUAGCUCCUGGGGCCCAAAGUGCUAUCAACCUGGAUUCCCACAGCUAUGAGAAAACAAGCCAAAAUGUCAAAGACCCAGGGAGGUAUACAUAUGAAGAUGCACAGGAGCACAUUUACAAGCUGAUGAAGAGUGACAGCUACGCGCGCUUUCUGCGUUCCAAUGCUUACCAGGACUUACUGCUGGCGAAGAAGAAGGUAUCUGUUGGAAAGGACAUGCUUGCAUCUCUUAGCACCUCUUGAUUCUCGCCUGCUGCUUGCUGCUAGUGUGAAAGUGAAAAUAUUG